AUGGCGCGUCAUUGGAGAGGGACGAUGAUGGCGGCGGUCGGUGCACCAGAAGUGAUCACACAGCUGGAAAGCGCUGCCAAAGUUUUAAUGGCACCGCCGUCCAUGGUCAGCACCGAACAGAGACAGCAUGCUGAACACGUAUUCCUCUCCUUUAGGAAAUCCAAAUCCCCAUUCGCUAUCUGCAAGCACAUCCUAGAGACCAGUAAGGUGGACUAUGUGCUGUUCCAGGCAGCCACGGCCAUCAUGGAGGCUGUGGUACGAGAGUGGAUUCUGCUGGAGAAGACCAGCAUCGAGUCACUCCGGACGUUCCUCCUCACCUAUGUCUUACAGAGACCGAAUCUGCAAAAAUAUGUCCGUGAGCAGAUCCUGUUGGCUGUGGCGGUGAUUGUGAAGAGGGGCUCCCUGGACAAAUCAAUCAACUGUAAAAGUGUCUUUCAUGAAGUGGGACAGCUCAUCAGUAGUGGAAACCCUACAGUGCAAACACUGGCCUGCUCCAUCCUCACUGCUCUCCUCAGUGAGUUCUCCAGCUCCAGUAAAACCAGCAGCAUCGGCCUCAGCAUGGAGUUCCAUGGCAGCUGCAAGCGUCUGUUCCAGGAGGAGGGUUUACGCCAAAUCUUCAUGUUGACCAUGGAGGUGCUGCAGGAGUUCAGCCGCCGAGAGAACCUCAACGCACAGAUGUCGUCUGUCUUUCAGCGCUACCUGGCUCUGGCCAACCAGGUCCUCAGCUGGAACUUCUUGCCACCGAAUCUGGGGCGCCACUACAUCGCCAUGUUCGAGGCCACGCAGAACGUCACGCUCAAGCCUACGGAGUCCUGGAGGGAAGCUCUGCUGGACACCCGAGUCAUGGACCUCUUCUUCACCGUACACAGGAAGAUCCGGGAGGACUCGGACAUGGCCCAGGACUCCCUGCAGUGCCUGGCCCAGCUGGCCUCCAUGCAUGGGCCCAUCUUUCCUGAUGAGAGCGCCCAGGUCUCCUACCUUGCCCACCUGGUGGAGGGUCUGCUCAGCAUGAUCAACGGGAUUGAGAUUGAGGACUCCGAGGCAGUGGGCAUCUCGAAUAUCAUCUCCAACCUGAUCACCAUGUUCCCUCGGAGCAUUUUAACAGCCCUGCCCAGCGACCUCUUCACCUCUUUCAUUAACUGCCUCACACUUCUCACCUGCUCUUUUGGACGCAGUGCCGCCCUAGAGGAAGUGCUGGAUAAGGACGACAUGGUUUACAUGGAGGCCUAUGAUAAGCUGUUGGAGUCGUGGCUCACACUGGUCCAGGACGAGGAGCAUUUUCCUCGUGGCUGCUUCGUUCAGCCAGCGAUACAGGUCUUCAACUCGUACAUUCAGUGUCAUCUGGCUGCUCCUGACGGCACACGCAACCUGUCAGUGAAUGGCAUAGCAUCCCACGAUGAGGAGGAGAUCAAUGAGCUGCAGGAAGACGACAGAGAGCUGUUCUCAGAUCAGCUGUCCAGCAUCGGGAUGCUGGGGCGUGUGGCCGCUGACCACUGCAUCCCCCUGCUCACAAGCCUCCUGGAGGACCGGGUAACACGGCUGCACGGUCAGCUCCAGAGAACCCAGCAGCACCUCAUGGCCUCAUCUGACCCCGGAUCAGUCGACCGCAAAGUCUUGGACGACCUCUAUGAAGACAUCCACUGGCUCAUACUGGUCUCAGGGUAUUUACUAGCAGACGACCCCCCGGGUGAAACACCGCUCAUUCCCUCAGAGGUGAUGGAGUUUUCCAUCAAACACUCGACAGAAGUGGACAUCAACACAACGCUGCAGAUCCUGGGUUCACCGGGCGAGAAGGCCUCAUCCAUACCAGGCUGCAACCGCACAGACUCAGUCAUCAGGUUGCUGUCGGCAGUGUUGCGGACGUCAGAAGUGGAGUCCAGGGCGACCAGAGCGAGUCUGACGGAGCUGCUGAGUCCACAGAUGGGAAAAGACAUAGUUUGGUUCCUCAGACGAUGGGCCAAGACGUACCUGCUGGUGGACGAGAAGCUGUAUCAGCAGAUCAGCAUUCCCUUGAGUACAGCGUUUGGUGCAGACACAGAGGGCGCCCAGUGGAUUGUGGGAUAUCUUCUGGAGAAGGUGAUCAACAACCUGUCUGUGUGGAGCUCAGAGGCCGACCUGGCCAACGACACCGUGGAGCUACUGGUUACACUGGUGGAGAAAAGGGAGAGGGCCAAUAUUGUGGUGCAGUGUGAAAGCUGGUGGAGCCUGGCGAAGCAGUUUGCCAGCCGCAGCCCCCCCCUCCACCUGCUGUCCAGCUCAGUGCAGAGGUCUCUGAUGAAGGCUCUGGUCCUGGGAGGCUUCGCACACAUGGACUCAGACACAAAGCAGCAGUACUGGGCCGAGGUGCUUCAUCCUCUACAGCAGCGUUUCCUCAACCUCAUCAACCAGGAGAACUUUGCCCAGAUCAGUCAGGAGGAGGCUGUCAAACAGGAAAUAGUUGCAACGUUGGAAGCUCUCUGCGGCAUCGCCGAGGCGACGCAGAUCGACAACGUGGUCUCACUCUUCUCCUUUCUCAUGGACUUUCUGUCCAGCUGCAUUGGCCUCAUGGAGGUUUACAGCAACACACCUGAAACAAUCAACCUCAUUAUCGAGGUUUUCGUAGAAGUGGCUCAUAAGCAGAUCUGCUACCUGGGAGAGAAUAAGUCCAUGAAGCUGUACGAGGCGUGUCUGACGCUGCUGCAGGUUUACUCCAAAAACAACCAGAGCAGGAAACGAGGCGAUGCCACGGCUGAGGAGGACCAGUACCAGGACCUGCUGCUCAUCAUGGAGCUGCUCACGAACCUCCUCUCCAAAGAGUUCAUCGACUUCAGCGAGAACGAUGAAGUGUUUCGAAACCAGGAACAGGGAACCCCGGCCUCCAGUCGGGCGGUCUCUGCAGCAGACGUGGUUCUCUACGGUGUUAACAUCGUUCUCCCACUCAUGUCUCAGGACCUGCUCAAGUUCCCAUCCCUGUGUAACCAGUACUACAAGCUCAUCACCUUCAUCUGUGAGAUCUUUCCAGAAAAGAUCCCACAGCUGCCUGAAGAACUCUUCAAAAGCCUCAUGUUCUCCCUGGAGCUGGGAAUGACCUCGAUGAGUUCAGAGAUCAGUCAGUUGUGUUUAGAAGCUUUAUCUCCUCUGGCUGAGCAGUGCGCCAAAAACCAGGAGAAGGACACGCCUCUCUUCAUCGCCACUCGUCACUUCCUAAAGUUGGUGUUUGACAUGCUGGUCCUGCAAAAACACAACACAGAGAUGACGGUGGCAGCAGGAGAAGCCCUAUACACACUAGUGUGCCUGCACCAGGCGGAGUACUCGGAGCUGGUGGAGUCCCUGCUGUCUUCACAGAGAGACGCCGUCAUCUACCAGCGACUCGCCGACGCCUUCAACAAGCUGACGGCCAGCAGCACGCCGCCCACCAUGGACCGAAAGCAGAAGGUCGCCUUCCUCAAGAGCCUCGAGGAGUUUGUGGCCAACGUGGGCGGCCUGCUUUGUGUCAAAUAACCACUGGAAACCAACCCCUUUUCCACUCAUCUGGAAAAAGCAACCAAUUGAACACCCCCCCCUUCUCAUCCCUAAGGACUAUAGGUAGAGGAGAUAGCACAAUUCCUCUGAGGACAUGUCUCUCUCUCUCUACGAGCCAGGGAAUCCACUUCUUUACCCCCUUUUUAUUUCUUUGGAAUUGGCUUUUGUUUUUCCACUCACCUUUUGCCCCCCCCCCCAAACCAGACUCAGUAAUGACACAGUAACCAUGGAGACUGAACUGCAGAGCAGAUAGACUCGGUCAAGGCAUCCUGCCUUGUUAAACGGAGGUGACGGAGCACUGGCCGCCAUGAUGAUAGGAAAGAGAGCAGCAGCUGAUAGCGAUGCUGUUUUCUUUUCCUGCUACCUUCAUGUAUACUGAAGGCCCCAGCAGCGCGCGCACACACACACACACACACACACACACACACAUAGACGGAGGGUAAAAGUGGUUGCAGUUUUGGGAGAGUGAAGGAAAAGUCAUUUGUUGUUCCCAGGAUGAGGUUUUAGACAUAGCUGACGGUAUUAAAGGGCCCAUUUUGUUUCAAGAAUGCCAUUACAACCACCACACACACUUGUUUGUAACAGUAUCCAUUCUGACACACACACUCAUCUCAUCCCAGUCCUUCCCAGAGUGCCUUUGGCCCUGUACAUGCCUGGUAUUAACAUGUGUCCUGGGUGACCCGAUCAUACGUGGACAGCUCUAAAUAUGUAUCCGGUUUCUCCAAUGACUCCUCUUUUUCUCCUAGUAUUUGGCCAAAAGCGUUGUCAUCAUUCAGUAUCUUUAAUUUUCAUGUUAAAAGUAGUAGUCGAAGCAGGAUGAAGAGCUUCCUUAUGGUCACAACAUGAGGAUAACUUGACAAAUUGGACAAUAUUUCAGAAAGGUAUUCAAAAGGUACAUUCAAAACAUGUAAAUGCUGAUGUAAAAUUAAAUAAACCAACAAAAUACUGAAAUAUAAAGUGUAAAUAUGCAAAAAAAUAUAUCAUAUGAUGAUAGAAAAAAUGUAUAUUAUUGUUUAUCACCAAGCCUUAUUUCCACAGCAAGUCUCCUGAACUUAAUAGUUAAAAGGUUCCGUCACAUUGUUGACUGGCUGCGCUUCCACCUGAGAAGAACAUUUUCCUUCUCAGUUUUGUUUUUAGGCGUUCUGUCAUUUGGUUUCUUACUGGACCUCCACAGUCAGUGUUGAGCACUGAAACACAACAAAAAGCUGAAUAUACAGCUGCAGUGAAUAAAAGGGAAUGAGUUCUGAUCAGUUAGAAAUGUUCAGGGCAGUAUUUAACCCCCCACGCCCACUCUGCAGGGGCUUAUUGUGGGAUUGUCAUUGUAUUGAAUUUUAGACAAAAGAAUUUAUAUGAACAUAAAACAAGACAAUGACACUGAAAACAAAUGCAACUGAAAAGAGAAAUCCAAGACAUUAUGAUGUGAUUAAAAAAAAAAAGGCACAACCAAAAUUAUAAUACAAUACAAUGUAGUGUGCAGGGACUUUUUUCUGGACAAAAUACAGUCCAACAUCCUUUAAACCCUGGUUCCUGCAGGGAAAAUGUUCAUGCAGAGGUUUCUAGUUCCUGCGGUAAAAAUGAGCUUCAAAUCCUUUGUUUUAUAACCAGCAGGAGGCAGCGAUGUACGUACAGUGCCUAGUCCAAAUGAAAAGGAGAAGUCAAAAUAAUACGUACUGCGUCUGUUCUUUGCUGUGUUUCAGAAGAACCAAACGGCCAAAGAUCUUAAACACAGCUUAGAAUGUUGUCGCACAUAUACAUGACACUCGGUGUGAAAUAAGUCCACACCUCCACUAAUGCAGGUGAGUGGCUGGUCCUGCAGUGGCCCAGGACACGUGCUCACACACACUGCUCAAAGAAUGCAGAGGCAAUUUAUCGAUUAGCUGUUGACUGUUGGAUUACUGUGUAACUCUGAUAAUCAUUUAACCAGAAUGGGUAACAAUUUUUUAAAGAUGAAGCCCAACUUAAAAAGAACUGCAUCUUACAGUUUACAAAAGUUUAUACUCAGAUUACAUUUUUUUUUUGUUAGUUAAUAAACCUAAUAUGAUCUGGAGUUAAUGUAGCCUAUAGCUCCACCUUGUGACAAAAACACACAGCUUAGUUUAUUUGUUCAUACCAGUGUAAGAAAACACACAUAAAUUGCAUUUUAGUUGUUUGUUUAUUCUUAACUGUUCAAAUUUUUGCUUCACAUUCAGCUCACAUUUUCUGCAAAGUUUACUGAAAGACAUUUGAGGAAGUGUUUUAACGCUUAAGGAAACACUGAUUUGUAUUUUUCACCAUUUUCUCUCAUAGACCAAGCAACUAACUGGUUAAUAUCAUUUCCAUGUUUAACUGAAGCGGUCCAUGUUCUUUGGUUUCACUCAGGACACGCCUUAGCGCCAGUUGUGAACAGGGCCUCUGUUUUGUUGAUUGUCCUGUGUGUAUGUGUGUGUUUGUGUGUGUGUAUGUAUGACCAACAAGUCAUACAUUAGUUCACAAUAAAUUACGACUGUGCCUGCCAUUCGCCAAGAACCGAGCGGAUGCACACACACACACUCAUUUUCACACAUGUACACACACAAAAGUGUCAACAGAGGUCAGGAGGGCAUUUGUAAGCGAUGGC